AGGCAGCCAGGACAGAGAGGGGCAGAGCAAGUCAGCGUUGGCGCCCCUUCCUCAGAUCCCUAUCAUCUUGGGAAACAGUAGCUCAGAGUUUCAGGAAGAUGUUAACUUAAACGUUCAGGGUGCCCCAGUCUGUUCAGCAUGGCUGAAAUCCACACUCCGUAUUCUUCCUUGAAGAAACUGUUAUCUUUACUCAAUAGCUUGGUAGCUGUGUCUGGCAUCAUCCUCGUUGGCCUGGGCAUUGGUGGUAAAUGUGGAGGGGCCUCCCUGACGAAUGUCCUCGGGCUGUCCUCCGCAUACCUCCUUCACGUUGGCAACCUGUGCCUGGUGAUGGGAUGCAUCACGGUACUGCUUGGCUGUGCCGGGUGGUAUGGAGCGACCAAAGAGAGCAGAGGCAUGCUCUUGUUUUGCAUCCUGUCAAUGGUUAUUGUCCUCAUCGUGGAAGUCACAGCUGCCACCGUGGUCCUUCUUUUCUUUCCAAUUGUUCGAGAUGUGGCCUUGGAACACACCUUCGUGACCCUGAGGAAGAAUUACAGAGGUUACAACGAGCCAGACGACUAUUCUACACAGUGGAACUUGGUCAUGGAGAAGCUGAAGUGCUGUGGGGUGAAUAACUACACAGAUUUUUCUGGCUCUUCCUUUGAAAUGACAACAGGCCACACCUACCCCAGAGGUUGCUGUAAAUCCAUCGGAACUGUGGCCUGUGACGGACGCAAUGUGUCUACAAACGUCAUCCACCAGAAGGGCUGUUUCCAUAAACUCCUAAAAAUCACCAAGACUCAGAGCUUAACCCUGAGUGGGGGCUCUCUAGGAGCUGCAGUGAUACAGAGGUGGGGGGGUCUCACUAUAUUGUGCAGGCUGGUCUUGAACUGCUGGCCUGAAGCAAUCCUCCCGCCUAGGCCUCCCAAAGUGCUGGGUUUACCAACGUGAGCCACCAAGCUGGACUUCCUGCAUCCUUUUAAGGUUGCCUGAGGGUCUGCCUGAGAGGAGCUGUCCCCGAAUCUCCAUGCAGCCCCACCUGCCACAUCACCAAGGUAAGCCAGGAAUUCAAACAAACGCCUGCCACAUUACACGUGGCCAAGCGUAAGUGGGCCUGUCUUCUCUGUGCGUCAUGCUGCACUAUAAAAAUGGAAUCAUAAUGAGUUAGGUGUGUAAUUAUCCAUUUAUUAUCUGUCUCCGCUACUAGAAAGCCAGCUCCAGGCAGGGAGCAUUUCCGCCUAUGGCUGCACCCAGUGCCUGACACGGAGAGGGUGCUUAGAAACUGUCUGCUGAAUGGUUGAAUGAAUGAAUGGGUAAAUGAAUGAAUAGCAGAGGCAGGACACGAACUUAGAUUUCCUACUGUCAGCCUAGAGAUAUCAAAGCCAUCCCACUGUCUUCCUGGGCAGAUCUGGUGUUUCCUUAUCCACGCGUGGCCUUGCCUCAUACCAUCUGUGUUAUUUUUCUUUUUGUUGAGACGGAGUUUCGCUCUUGUUGCCCAUGCCGGAGUGCAAUGACAUG